AAAAAGUCAUUAAAAUGAAUUCCAUCUACGUCUAUUCUUUACAGGAAGAUACGGACUCCACCACACAUAAAUUCACGUGGCCUACCACCACCGAAGUAGAAGAUGUUACAGCGGAAGAAAAAGAUACCGAUCUGAAUCGGAAUUUAUCUAAAUCUUCUGAUGAUGUUUCGUAUAACAAAGGAACAAAGCACAGUACAAGAUCAUCAGUAGUGUCAUCAGCACCUCCUUUGAACCAACAACAUUCAGCAGGAUUUUCAAAUACGUUCAUGGCAUAUCCGAAUAAUCAGUGUGGAUAUGGCUUAAAUGGUGGUAUGAUGGCAUCAAUGUAUCCGACUCCAUAUCCAUCCUACAUGUCUUACCAAAUGGGUACACAAUUUGGAGAAAACAUGGCAAGCUCUCCUGUGUAUCAUAAUUUGUACAAUAACGAGUGCAAAACAUAUGAAGAAAUGCAGUCUUUUAGAAAUGCUAUGAAGACUUACCGAGAUUAUCAACAGGCAACUUGGCCAUCCCAUACUAGGACAUCCCUUUUGAGAUGUAGUCGAUUUUGGCAGGACCUAAUAUUGAAUGAAAACUAUUGAAGUCUAUUGAACAUAGAAAACAUCCGAUUGUGAAAGUGGAAGAUUUUUAAACACAUCAUUAUAUUGUACAUACAACACAUACACAUAAAUAAAACGUUUUA